AUGGCAACACCUAGCAACACAACUGCUCCAUUGCUCAAUCACCCCGAGGAUGUGGCUCAGGAAAGGGCACGCAACUUCAUUGAUGGACUUGUCACGCGCUUCGAAGCCGCUCGUCAAUGCACGACCCCAGGGUGUACGUUCAACAAUAUCCGCGGUGCGGGAACUUGUGAAAACUGCGGCUCGGCUAUGAGCAAUUCGAUCGUGGGAUUUGAGCAAGCCCUCGUGUCAGCAGUGCUUCAUGAGAUGGCGGAGGAAGCUCCCUUCGUUCAUCCUAGCAAUUCUAGCUUGCACAAUGCGUGUGCAGCUGCCACUGGUCUGGCCCAGGACAGACGACGAGAUCCACUAGAUUUCUGGCGCCGCAACAGUCCCCAGGGUAUCAUCGAUGAAUACUUUCGGGCCUUAGCAGCCGUGAAAGCUGGUGAGAUGGGUUCGGGCAACUGGACGCUGGAGAUGAAUACUACUGGGAGAUUCAAGGCACAGAUUGGUAUCGCUAGCCUUGAGGAGUUGAGAGACACAUAG